CUUCAGGGUCAUACUUUUUCUUAGCUUGAAUGUGUGAUCAAGAGGACGUGAGAGUGGUCUUCAGUACUGGAUUUCGUGAUUAAAGAAGUGAAACUAACAACCCAUAUUCUUGUCGCGAAAUCAUGCCGAUUGAUCCUAGUACGCACGGUCAUCUCCGCACGGUCAUGGGUCUUACAAUAUGUUAUUGAGCCCGCAAUAUAACAAAUUGUUAUGCGCAUUCCAUAGUAAACACCAUGUGUAACAUUUCGCGCCAAAAUCAAUUGUAAGCAAGCGGCGACAUGACAUCGGCUACGAUAGAGAAGGCAACUUUAGGCCAGUAUUUUGCAUCUCGAAGAAAAGGCCUCGAAGACGUCCACCCGGCAAAGCGAAGAAAAGUGGAUAUGAGUGGCAUUGAGGGUGAAGUUGCGGUCAGGCGCGGUGAAAGAUCGAAGAAACAAGCGGCGUCCUUUCAAAGCAAGAUCAGCACACGAGCAUCCAAAGCUUCUAAGAGAAAUGGGAAGGCAAUCCUGAAAGAGCAGAUUAUCCAGACUCCAGCUGAAGCGGUUUCUGUGUCCACCUCUUUGUUCGAUGAUCACGCUUUUGCAGAAGCUUUGAUCGGGAAACUGACCGAUGCGCAGAGAAAGCGCAAGAUGGCGGCGUCCUCGACACAAAGAGACGACGCCAUUACGAGCGCUCCCAGAGACAAAGGCUCGGAAGAAGUUUUGCAGGGGCAACCGAACGAGUGCGAGAAUGAAUCCAGGCCAAAGAUCAGGAGAAGAAUUGCGAAAUCUUCUAAAACAACACAACGGCCAAUAAACAGCGACAAAUCCAAUGAUCUCUACGCUGCGGAGGAACUGGAUUCUUUGCACUUGAAGGAAAAAUCGUCCUGUAACGGGAAGUCGCUUGGAAUGGACGACGCUCUGGAAAAGGAAACAACGGCAUCACCUUCGAAAACGCCUCCAGUCGUGAGAAGAGUCGGUGAUGGUAUUAAAGCAGAUCCAUGGAUCGCAGAACAGGCCAAGAUGGUCCUUAGCCGUGGAAGGGCAGCAGUGAAUUUGAGUCAGAAGAGAAGAGGCAAAGAAGAUGUCAAGCAACAGGCCGGUGCGACUGAGAAAAGUAGUUCAGUGGAAAACUCCAAAGUGACAAUGAACAAGGUACAAGAGGAUUUAGCCAAGGCAAGAAAACUGAUUAGGAGCAUGAAAUCACUAGAGAAAAGUGUUCCAAAAUCAUCACUGUCUAGCACUGAGGAUAAUGGAUCAAGGCUUCAUCAGAUGGCUACGGUUAAGAAGAGUAAUGAGAAAAAAAACUCACAAAGUUUGAAGGAUGCUCCAGCCUAUCAAAGGUUCCACGCCUUGGCUCAGCCUACUCGGUCAGAGGCUUCCUCUACAACUCUACCCCUCCCCUAUAAGUACAAGGUGCUGGCUGAGAUGUUCCGCUGUACUGACACCAUCCUGAAUUUGCUGGGACAGCGAAAGGAGAAGUGUACAUUUACUAAACUCCGGGAUGCUGUGCAACAGAUGUCAAGAAAGCGAUUUGAGAAGAAACAUCUGGCACAAAUGAAAACAGUUUAUCCAAGAGGCCUUGAAUUCCAUCAAGACAAAUGUCCAGGCAGGUCUUCAUCCUUUGAGUUGAUCAUAGAGUUUGGAAAAACUGAGGAAGCAUUGAGCAAACUUACGCUGACAGCCACUGAGCUGUUGGCAAGAAGGGACGCCUUCCAGAAAAAUCUGCUGCAGAUGACUAAGAGGCAUCAUCAGGACUUCCUUUCCAACCUUAACCCAUCUUUGUCAGUUGAUGAUGACAAGAUUGUGCGCUGGCAUCCAAAGUUUCGCCUUGAUGAAGUGCCAGAUGCAAAGGAAGGCAUGCUCCCUGAGCCUCCUGUGGUGAAGACCUACAGCAGUGCCAAUGACGUCUUGGAAAAAGCAUGUGACAUGAUAGCACCAAGGGUUGAGAAAGCAUUGACGGCAGUUGCUUUGAAAGAACGAGGAGAGGAGUUGACAUCAACAAACAAAGGAAACAACUUCCCAGAAAAGAAAGAGGUGACAAAGUCUACUGAAAACAUGCAAAACAAAAACAGUUUGAAGAAUAAGGCUGCAUUGAAGGGAAUUUCAGAAGAUCUGCUGAAGAAGAUUAGGCAGAAAGAGGCAAAGAAAAUGGAGGAAAGCAUGAUGCAAGAUCCCUUAGUUGCCAAGAAGCUUGCUAUGAAGGAGCGCCUUCCUGAACUAUGCAGAAUACUCAAAGCUUACUUCUCUGCUGAGCGUAAAGCUGCUAUACCCCUGGAGGAUGCAACAGUGAAACUCUCAGACAGCUACAAGACCUCUUUGUCUUCAGCACAAGUUGAAGAACACAUCAGAUUCAUGUCUCAGCUUGUACCAGAGUGGGUCUCAGUCCUCACAGUUAGGAAAUGCGCCUAUAUCAAGAUCAACAAGACUGCCAAUGUGAACAAUGUGAUAAACAAACUCCUAACAAAAGAAAUUCAAUUACACAAAGUGGAGUGCGUGCAAUUUCUUUUACAAUAAGUUAACAGUUAAUUCUUUCUGAAUCUCUCUGGAAGGGGACACAAUUCAUCUUUUGCUAAAUUUUGGAGUAUUUUUUAUGAAAAUGUUUUUACAGCAUGUUCAACUGAGCUGGUUCUUUUUUUCCUCUAAACAAUUAACUUCACUUGACUUUAUCUUCGGUGGUGAGCAUUGGAAAUGAUAUUGAUCUAAUCCACACUAAAAAGAUAAGAAAGAAGUUCUGUUCAAAAUUUUCAUCCAGUGUGCUACCUGCAUGUCACAGAUGUGUCGCCAACAUGUCACUAGAAAUGAUAUCAACUGCAAAGAUUAUUGAUUGCUGAAAUUGUAUCAGAAAACUGACAAAAUUGGUCCACAGUCAACUAACAAGUAAUAUGUUGGAAUCAAUUUGUUUACAAUCGUUUAUCCCAUAGAAAAGUUACAACUAUCAGCCAAUUGUUGAUGUUUUAAGAAUUGCUAACAACUUGUUCUACUAUUCAUAGUAAUUAAUGUAUGGUGGGCUGAAUUUUUUAAAGUAACUUACAGAGAACAAAAAUCAUUGAAAGACAUUUGGCGCAAUAAUUACUCAAAUUCAAACUACCAGUCUGUCCUUCUUGAUGUAUUCAGUUGCCUUUUACAUUAAGUUUCAGCAAUGUUCAGUGUGAAACGAAGUUAGAAAAUUAGGUCUUUUUAAUUCCAGUAUUAUUGUCAGUGAUAACUGUUGUUUUGUUGCAAUUUGUUCUCAAGAAAAGCCUAUUCUAAUAACUCUUUUAAGAGUCUUUUAACCUUAUUGAGUACGCGGCUUUAUUAUAUAGAUACUGAUGAAAUACCAGGAUUUCUCCUUUUACUAAAAAAUCAUAUCUUCACCGCGCGCA